CCUCGCCACCUGACGAGGGUAGAAGCAUCUACUUCCGGUAGCUAUCCGGCUAACAGCAAGCUGCCACUCUAGACCCUCGCCACCUGACGAGGGUAGAAGCAUCUACUUCCGGUAGCUAGCCGGCUAACAGCAAGCUAACAACCAUUAGCCUUCGCGGGCUGGACGCUACAGGAGUUGUCGGCUAUUCCUAUUCAUUGCUAAAAAUCUAACCAACAAACCGCCUCCUUUCUCGUAGUCCUUAUAUGUAAGUGAUACGCCGGUGGUUGAGUUAGUGUAUCGUCAUUUCGUGGCUGUGAGUGACUUUUGACACACCGGUUCUCGACAUGUCGGCGGUCCAACGGAUGAAAGUGGCUAACGAGAAACACAGCAAGACCAUAACGCAGCGAGGACACGUCCAGAAAACCACGCGGGUGGUGAAUGAGGAGAAGUCUCCUGUUGGUCCCUGGCUACUGGCUCUCUUUGUCUUUGUUGUGUGUGGAUCAGCCAUCUUCCAGAUUAUCCAGAGUAUCAGGCAGGGGUUGUGAUGGUUGCCACCCAGAUCAGAGCCUCCUCCUCUGGGAGAAGACCAACUGCCUCACCCCAUCCCUGCUCUAGCCACAAACACACACAGACAUCCGGCUCAGUGUUCUCCCUUUACACACCCCCCUCCUCUCUGUGUCGAGUUAAACAUUUAAGGGCUCCCGAGUGGUGCAGCGGUCUGAGGCACUGCAUCUCAGUGCUUGAGGCGUCACUACAGACCCUGGUUCGAUUCCAGGCUGUAUCACAACUGGCUGUGAUUGGGAGUCCCAUAGGGCGGCGUACAAUUGGCCCAGCGUCGUCCGGGUUUGGGGAGGGGUUGGCCGUCAUUGUAAAUAAGCAUUUAAUUCUUAACUGACUUGACAAGUUAAAUUUAAAAAAUGUUUUUAAACAUCAACUGACACACACAUCAUCUCUGUCAUGGUAAACAUCAGCUCCCAUCUCUGUCACGUUAAACAUCUCUACAUACUGUGUAUUAGAUUACACCAUCUCUGUCACGUUAAACAUCUCUACAUACUGUGAAUUAGAUCACACCAUCUCUGUCAUGUUAAACAUCAGCUCCCAUCUCUGUCACGUUAAACAUCAGCUCCCAUCUCUGUCACGUUAAACAUCUCUACAUACUGUGAAUUAGAUCACAUCAUCUCUGUCAUGUUAAACAUCAGCUCCCAUCUCUGUCACGUUAAACAUCAGCUCCCAUCUCUGUCACGUUAAACAUCUCUACAUACUGUGAAUUAGAUCACAUCAUCUCUGUCAUGUUAAACAUCUCUACAUACUGUGAAUUAGAUCACACCAUCUCUGUCAUGUUAAACGUCUCUACAUACUGUGUAUUAGAUCACACCAUCUCUGUCAUGUUAAACAUCUCUACAUACUGUGUAUUAGAUCACACCAUCUCUGUCAUGUUAAACAUCUCUACAUACUGUGUAUUAGAUCACACCAUCUCUGUCAUGUUAAACAUCUCUACAUACUGUGAAUGUAUUUUAUCUCUCCAGGACUCUCAUUUUUAACAUUGCUUGGUCUGUAUUGGUAAUGUUGAAACAUGAAAUGUCUUCUGUAGUUCUUUUGAAAGAACCAUUUUGUUUAUGGAACGUUCUUGUCUGUAAUGCUGGUUCUCCUGUCUGAUCUGUACUCUGUUAGUAACACUGAGCUCAGGUCAGUAUCGGUUCCACUGAUGGUCACUGUUGAGAUGUGGGGAGAAGAGAUGGACCCUAGAGCAGUGGGGAGAGGAGAUGGACCCUAGAGCAGUGGGGAGAGGAGACUGACCCUAGAGCAGUGGGGAGAGGAGACUGGCCCUAGAGCAGUGGGGAGAGGAGACUGACCCUAGAGCAGUGGGGAGAGGAGACUGACCCUAGAGCAGUGGGGAGAGGAGACUGACCCUAGAGCAGUGGGGAGAGGAGACUGACCCUAGAGCAGUGGGGAGAGGAGACUGACCCUAGAGCAGUGGGGAGAGGAGACUGACCCUAGAGCAGUGGGGAGAGGAGACUAAACCUAGAGCAGUGGGGAGAGGAGACUGACCCUAGAGCAGUGGGGAGCGGAGACUGGCCCUAGAGCAGUGGGGAGAGGAGACUGACCCUAGAGCAGUGGGGAGAGGAGACUGACCCUAGAGCAGUGGGGAGAGGAGACUAAACCUAGAGCAGUGGGGAGCGGAGACUGGCCCUAGAGCAGUGGGGAGCGGAGACUGGCCCUAGAGCAGUGGGGAGCGGAGACUGGCCCUAGAGCAGUGGGGAGAGGAGACUGUCCCUAGAGCAGUGGGGAGCGGAGACUGACCCUAGAGCAGUGGGGAGCGGAGACUGGCCCUAGAGCAGUGGGGAGGGGAGACUGGCCCUAGAGCAGUGGGGAGGGGAGACUGGCCCUAGAGCAGUGGGGAGCGGAGACUGACCCUAGAGCAGUGGGGAGCGGAGACUGGCCCUAGAGCAGUGGGGAGAGGAGACUGGCCCUAGAGCAGUGGGGAGAGGAGACUGGCCCUAGAGCAGUGGGGAGAGGAGACUGACCCUAGAGCAGUGGGGAGAGGAGACUAAACCUAGAGCAGUGGGGAGAGGAGACUAAACCUAGAGCAGUGGGGAGAGGAGACUGACCCUAGAGCAGUGGGGAGAGGAGACUGACCCUAGAGCAGUGGGGAGAGGAGACUGACCCUAGAGCAGUGGGGAGAGGAGACUGACCCUAGAGCAGUGGGGAGAGGAGACUGAACCUAUCCUGACAUCUCCUCUCUCUCAUCGCCCUGUUCCUUUAUCCUGACAUCUCCUCUCUCAUCGCCCUGUUUCCUUUAUCCUGACAUCUCCUCUCUCUCAUCGCCCUGUUUCCUUUAUCCUGACAUCUCCUCUCUCUCAUCGCCCUGUUUCCUUUAUCCUGACAUCUCCUCUCUCUCAUCGCCCUGUUUCCUUUAUCCUGACAUCUCCUCUCUCUCAUCGCCCUGUUUCCUUUAUCCUGACAUCUCCUCUCUCUCAUCGCCCUGUUUCCUUUAUCCUGACAUCUCCUCUCUCUCAUCGCCCUGUUCCUUUAUCCUGACAUCUCCUCUUUCUCAUCGCCCUGUUUCCUUUAUCCUGACAUCUCCUCUCUCAUCGCCCUGUUUCCUUUAUCCUGACAUCUCCUCUCUCUCAUCGCCCUGUUUCCUUUAUCCUGACAUCUCCUCUCUCUCAUCGCCCUGUUUCCUUUAUCCUGACAUCUCCUCUCUCUCAUCGCCCUGUUUCCUUUAUCCUGACAUCACCUCUCUCUCAUCGCCCUGUUUCCUUUAUCCUGACAUCUCCUCUCUCUCAUCGCCCUGUUUCCUUUAUCCUGACAUCUCCUCUCUCUCAUCGCCCUGUUUCCUUUAUCCUGACAUCUCCUCUCUCUCAUCGCCCUGUUUCCUUUAUCCUGACAUCUCCUCUCUCUCAUCGCCCUGUUUCCUUUAUCCUGACAUCUCCUCUCUCUCAUCGCCCUGUUCCUUUAUCCUGACAUCUCCUCUUUCUCAUCGCCCUGUUCCUUUAUCCUGACAUCUCCUCUUUCUCAUCGCCCUGUUUCCUUUAUCCUGACAUCUCCUCUCUCAUCGCCCUGUUUCCUUUAUCCUGACAUCUCCUCUCUCUCAUCGCCCUGUUUCCUUUAUCCUGACAUCUCCUCUCUCGUCGCCCUGUUUCCUUUAUCCUGACAUCUCCUCUCUCUCGUCGCCCUGUUUCCUUUAUCCUGACAUCUCCUCUCUCUCGUCGCCCUGUUUCCUUUAUCCUGACAUCUCCUCUCUCUCGUCGCCCUGUUUCCUUUAUCCUGACAUCUCCUCUUUCAUCGCCCUGUUUCCUUUAUCCUGACAUCUCCUCUCUCUCGUCGCCCUGUUUCCUUUAUCCUGACAUCUCCUCUCUCUCAUCGCCCUGUUCCUUUAUCCUGACAUCUCCUCUCUCGUCGCCCUGUUUCCUUUAUCCUGACAUCUCCUCUCUCUCGUCGCCCUGUUUCCUUUAUCCUGACAUCUCCUCUCUCUCGUCGCCCUGUUUCCUUUAUCCUGACAUCUCCUCUCUCUCAUCGCCCUGUUCCUUUAUCCUGACAUCUCUCUCAUCGCCCUGUUCCGUUAUCCUGACAUCUCCUCUCUCUCAUGUGUGUCCGUGUCCAGGAAGACUUCAGUCUGUAUUCAACUGUUUUACUGUCUUCAGUUGUCUCCUACACUGGCUGUUCUGUUACUGUAGUAUCUACGUGGUGUGUGUGUGUGUGUGUGUGUGUGUGUGUGUGUGUGUGUGUGUGUGUGAAGCAGCACUCCCUAGAGGCAGACACCUCUCCUGAUCACCCAGGGUGUGAACGUGUGUGUGUGUCAUCCACCUCCCUCCUGUAAAACGCUAUGCAAAUGAGUUUUAUACAAAUAAAACAGAUUUUUUUUCUCUAAA